AUGCAGCCAGCAGCGACGCCCCAUACCCCAGACAACCCCACCUCCCCCGCCCGCCUCUUCCCACACCACGCCCCGCAGCCUGCCGACACCCCCCCGUCCCUCCGCCACAGGACACCACGCCACUACCACCACCAUGACCAGCCCGCACAAAUCAAUACCGUCAGGAUCAGGUUCAAGACGCCUCAUUCGGGCGCUGAGGCCGGCCUGGAUAGAAUAAAGGAAGGCUGGGAGUUUGGCCAGGACGUCCUCGUAGGGGACAUCAAGAAUAGACUGUCUGAAGGCUCGCUCGAAGGCGCCGGUCGCUGGGUCAGAGAUGGCAUGCGGUUCGUCUAUAGGGGGCAGAUCUUGAAAGAUCAGCAAAAGAUCAAGGAUGCUUUAGGGGCAGGUCCCAGUAACGAUCAGGUGUUUACGAUUCAUAUCGUGGCGAGACAUAUCGCAGACAGCUUUGAGUAUGCUGCUGGAAGCUCUACGGCGCCUCUCGUUGCCGUCACUCGGAUUGAAGAGCCCACAUACUCUGCCGCGCAAUCAGGCGCCUACAGCUCUCUGAAUUCGUUCGCAGUGCUGGAAUCCAUCCACUUCAUCCUAUUCUUGUCACGCUAUAAUCUCAGCGUCAUCUUGGGACUGAAACCCAUGGAAUGGCACGAGACUUCCCCUCCUCCGAUUGUGGACAUUGAAGAAGCUCGACAAGGGGUCAUAUCCGUCAUACGAGCCUUUGCCGAUGUGCGAAUGGCCAGCGAAGAAGGGUGGGAAGAUUGGCACAUUGCCUGCUCGGGGAUCUCUCCCGAAGAGAUGACUGUGGGAUAUAAUGACCCCGCUCAGAGGGGAGUCAUCGAAAACAACAUUCGAACUACAUUCUCUUCUUUGGUGGGACGCAACUGGACCGACAGGUAUAGCGGGCAAGUCAUCGAGACCGAGAUAGAGGGACAAGUUUACACUGUCCAGCUUCCUUCCAUGGACCAGUGUUCGCCCGAGAUCCUUGCUCGUCUCUACGUCUACCUUCGGCAACUUGCUUUGGUGCCGCUUCUCAACAAUGUGCUAUACGAUGCCAUGUCGCAACAACAACAAUCCCAGCCGGCCCUUGCUCCUACACCAGCCCCUACGCGCACAGUCCCUGUCCCUCCCAUCCUCCUUCCCACUCCUACACUGGCUUCCUACGGCACAUUUCUGUACCACUUCUUCCACGCCUUCUACGGCCGAUUCGACGGGAUCCUCCUACGACAACUUGCCUUUGCCACCAUUCGCGUCUUUUUCCUCUUCUCGAUGUUUACCUACUCGUUAAAGUGGACAGACCCGAUGUACUGGGUGAUCUGCGCAGUGUCGGCUUUAUGGUGGGCAUCGACGUAUUGGCCACUCUUUACGUUGGCAUGGAGGUCGGCUUGGAGAGAGACGUAUGGACCGUUGGAGGAUGCUAUACGAGCGAAUGGAGAGCGAAGAGGCGGACCUCAAGGGCGAGACCAGGCCGCUCCUCGAGCAGCUGAACGCCAAACUCCCACUCCCCGCAAUCCCACAUCGAUGCCUCGAGGCCAUCUUCUCGCACGCGCCCACCUCGCCACCGACCGUAGUCUCAUAGCCGCCAGGCGCAGGCAACCUCCACCGUGGUGGCAGACCCAGCUUGCGCUGCCUAUCGUUCUUUGGGUGAUCACGUUGAUUCCAACGUAUGAAGCGCAACGGGCGAGGAUCAUUAGGUUGAGGGAGAGAGCGAUGCGGGAGCGUGCUUUGCCUGCGGGAGGCGAUGCUGCGGGUGGUGCUGCUGGGGAGGAUAAUGUACCCGCCCCGGAGCCGGUCAUUCCCGAGGGGCUUGCUCCAGUGGCAAGACGGUACUAUGAACGCGUCUUGUCUAGGACCGAGCGGAUUGAUUGGGAUGAAGAGCGUGAAGCGCAGAGAGCUAUGGGUGUUGGCGAAGAUGGAGAAGGAGGUGCUGGUGGCAUAGCUUAG